UGCGUUUCCUUGUCUAUCAUAUGCAAAUCGAACGGCAAGACCGAUAAGUCGACUUUUGAGCGUUUAAAUAUUGUUUCUUAUAUUUAAAUUCCGCAUAAUUUACUCAGCAAAUGGCGUCUAUAUAUGAUACGGCUGCGCUAGCUUGGUGCUAAAGUUAGAGCUUUUAUCUUAGCUGUGCUAGCUUAUCUGGCUGCCCAAACACGCCGCCUUUGUGACUAUGGCUACGGAUUUACUUUCUGAUUUGGACACCCGAUUCUUCGCCGAUAACCUUCUGACGAGCGAAGACUGGGAUGCCUGUCUGUUCAAGUGUGAGAGCAUGGAGGAGGGAGAGGACGGAGACUUGGGUCAGAGGCUGAACUACGAGACAUCGUUCGACAAUGAGCUCGUUCUCACCCUUGAUCCUGACAACCGCACGUCGCCAUGGCAACACCUCGACAACAACAUUCUAACAGGAAACACUUCAGUGAUAAAACAUGAAAUGACAAUAACAGAACCUUUACCUGUGGAAAUGUUGUUCCAGAUAAAAUCAGAGCCUCCGUCUCCUGCAUCCUCGCUGGAGUCCGACUCUUCAGUGUCUUCACCCGACCCACAGAUUACAGUUAAAAGUGAAAACCCUCCAACUCCUCCGUACAUGUAUGGGGAUGUGCUGUCUCCGCCAUUGGGGACGAUGGAGGUAACCAUGGCAACGCCAUCAGUACCCCCGCUUCUGACCCACAUACCUACAGUGACUCAGACACAGCUGCAGACACCGUUGACAUCUGUCCCAGCCGUCAUCAGUGGAAUACAGACACAAGCUGCAGUCCUCCCGAGUUCAACAACAUUAAAAGCUAGCACCAUCCUCAGCACCAAACCUCCCAUUCAGCCCCGACCGGUGUGUGUCACCACCCUCCCCGUCCCCCAGAGCCCCACACCAGCAAAGACCCUCAUAUUGCAGAGCCUCCCCUCCAUGGACCAGACCAGACCAGUCGUCCUCUCUCCGUCCGUCUGCCUCAGUUCAGCUCCUGCUAUCGUCAAAGUGGAGCCCGUCUCUCCCAGCAUCCCCCAGCACUGUUCUAGCCCAGCUGCCGCCUCCUCCACCAGUAAACCCAUCGUCCCGGCGACCACACAGUUACCGAGCAACAACUCCAACGAUAUUGAUAUGAAGGUGCUGAAGCGGCAGCAGAGAAUGAUAAAGAACAGAGAGUCCGCCUGCCAGUCGAGAAAGAAAAAGAAGGAGUAUCUGCAGAACCUGGAGGCUCAGCUGAGGGAGGCCCAGCAGGAGAACGAACAGCUCCGGAGGGAGAACCAGGCGCUGAGGGAGAGACUGGCUGGCAAAGAGAGUGGCGACUCUGCCAGUAACAAGAGGGCCGUGUGUGUCAUGGCCGUCCUGCUCUUCAUGACCUUUAGCUUUGGACCUGUCAGCAUCACAGACAGGAAGUUGUCGACAGAUCUGCAGGAAGAUGUCGUGUCGUUUUCGGGACGACGGCUGCUGGAGAUCGAACAGCAGCAGGCGGCGGCGGCGGCGGCUCAGCCUCCCAGCAAAGUGGAGGACAAGACAGAGAUGGAGGAGGACGGGGGAGACGAGCGAUGGAGGAGAGGAGAGACCGAGAGAUAUGCACCAGAGUCUUUUCAGUUCCGAAACCUGAGUGGCAUGUUUAGUGACAUGAAGGACUUGGCCCUGCAGGAAAUCGACCGUUACUUCACCUCCUCGGGCUGCCGACAGUUCAACCGCUCCGAGUCCCUCAGGCUGGCUGAUGAGCUGAGAGGUUGGGUUCAUCGACAUCAGAUCGACAGGAAGAAGUCUGGAGGAAAACCAAAGAUCGCCAAGAAGGCAAAGAUCACCCAGAAAGCUCAGCUGCGGAAGACGAACUUCUCCAGAUAUCUGCCAAUCCAGGCUCACGGCUCCAUAGAAAGUCAGCUGAAGGUUCUUCCUGGUCCGGAGGUCACCUACAGCGACUUCCUGGAUGCAAUCGAUCGCAGAGAGGACACCUUCUACGUCGUGUCUUUCAGGCGGGACCACCUGCUACUUCCUGCCAUCAGCCACAACAAAACCAGCCGACCCAAGAUGUCUCUGGUGAUGCCAGCCAUGUCCGUUAACGAGAGUCUGUACAACUCGUCUCACGGCUACGAGAUGAUGAUGCAGGUGGACUGCGAGGUCAUGGACACCCGAAUCGUCGCCAUCAAGUCAUCCGCCGUCCCUCCAUCCCUCCGUGACCCGACCCCGCCUCCUUCCUCUUCGCAGCACGGCGCCCACCAUCACCACGGCAACAACACGUCGCUCCGAGGACGCCACCAGCAUCACGCGCCAUCAUCAGCAGCCUCGUCUUCACAGCAACCUCUACCCGCCCGCAGACGGACGCCCGAAUACUUGAUCAGCCAGUCAGACGGGGUCUGAAGAGGCGUUGUCAUGGUAACGGUAGCAGGAAGAGAAGAGUAUCGGUCUGAUGGUGAGUUGGAUGAAGAAUCAGAGGAAGCAUCUUUAAAAAUGGCUCCUCUGACAAUAAUUUCUGCUGAUUCUGACGAGGCAGAAAUCCAAGAAACCCACCAGAGUCCUGACUUUUCAUUCAGUCACUGCUCCU